AUGCGCUCUGAAGCGUUACAAAGUUUACAACAACUUCGCAACCUUGAGCUGCCAAAUGCUCAAGCUCGGCUCCCCUGUGCCACUUGGGAAGACGAGAGAGCAAGUGUAUCCUGUCCUGAUGCGCCUCCGUUCAACGAAAUUGCUGAACAUGAGGAAGGAACUGAAUAUUCCGUCAGUGUAACGCGUCCCUGUGAUAUUUACAGCAGUGUAACGCGUCCCUGUCAUAUUUACAACAGUGUAACGCCCCCCCCCUGUGAUAUUUACAGCAGUGUAACGCGUCCCUGUGAUAUUUACAACAGUGUAACGCGUCCCUGUGAUAUUUACAACAGUGUAACGCGUCCCUGUCAUAUUUACAACAGUGUAACGCGUCCCUGUGAUAUUUACAACAGUGUAUCGCGUCCCUGUCAUAUUUACAACAGUGUAGCCCGUCCCUGUCAUAUUUACAACAGUGUAACGCGUCCCUGUCAUAUUUACAACAGUGUAGCCCGUCCCUGUCAUAUUUACAACAGUGUAACGCGUCCCUGUCAUAUUUACAACAGUGUAGCCCGUCCCUGUCAUAUUUACAACAGUGUAGCCCGUCCCUGUCAUAUUUACAACAGUGUAACGCAUCCUUGUCAUAUUUACAGCAGUGUAACGCGUCCCUGUGAUAUUUACAACAGUGUAGCCCGUCCCUGUCAUAUUUACAACAGUGUAACGCGUCCCUGUCAUAUUUACAGCAGUGUAACGCGUCCCUGUGAUAUUUACAACAGUGUAGCCCGUCCCUGUCAUAUUUACAACAGUGUAACGCGUCCCUGUGAUAUUUACAACAGUGUAUCGCGUCCCUGUCAUAUUUACAACAGUGUAGCCCGUCCCUGUCAUAUUUACAACAGUGUAACGCGUCCCUGUCAUAUUUACAACAGUGUAGCCCGUCCCUGUCAUAUUUACAACAGUGUAACGCGUCCCUGUCAUAUUUACAACAGUGUAGCCCGUCCCUGUCAUAUUUACAACAGUGUAGCCCGUCCCUGUCAUAUUUACAACAGUGUAACGCAUCCUUGUCAUAUUUACAGCAGUGUAACGCGUCCCUGUGAUAUUUACAACAGUGUAGCCCGUCCCUGUCAUAUUUACAACAGUGUAACGCGUCCCUGUCAUAUUUACAGCAGUGUAACGCGUCCCUGUGAUAUUUACAACAGUGUAGCCCGUCCCUGUCAUAUUUACAACAGUGUAACGCGUCCCUGUGAUAUUUACAACAGUGUAACGCGUCCCUGUGAUAUUUACAACAGUGUAUCGCGUCCCUGUCAUAUUUACAACAGUGUAGCCCGUCCCUGUCAUAUUUACAACAGUGUAGCCCGUCCCUGUCAUAUUUACAACAGUGUAGCCCGUCCCUGUCAUAUUUACAACAGUGUAGCCCGUCCCUGUCAUAUUUACAACAGUGUAACGCAUCCCUGUCAUAUUUACAACAGUGUAACGCGUCCCUGUGACAUUUACAACAGUGUAACUCGUCCCUGUGAUAUUUACAACAGUGUAGCCCGUCCCUAUCAUAUUUACAACAGUGUAGCCCGUCCGUGGGAUCUGUAGAACAGUGUAGCCCGUCCGUGGGAUCUGUAGAACAGUGUACUAGCAGCCACCUUGUGGAACCUGGAACAAACAGUACACCCAAGGCUUUCAGUACUUGUAUCUUAUAGUCUCACCAGCUAUUAAUUAGCCUGGAGAACCAUAAUUGGUGUUGCUAACCUUUUACCCGCAUCAGCUAAACGUUAAUGGUAAAGAAGUUGCCACUAAAUAGUGGUUUUAAGUCAUGUUGUAACUACAUUGUUAUUUCAGUUAUUCAAAGCCUGUAGCACCCUUCUGUUGUCUUGAAGCUGGGAUACAAUGGAAUAAUUAUGACGCCACGGGCCUGGCGCUCUGGGAGUGGAGUUCCUUCAGUGGUAGAAUAGUCCCUGCUGGUGGUGUUGACGGUGGUAGAAUAGUCCCUGGUGCUGGUGCUUGUUGACGGUGGUAGAAUAGUCCCUGGUGGUGGUGUUGAUGGUGGUAGAAUAGUCCCUGGUGGUGGUGUUGACGGUGGUAGAAUAGUCCCUGGUGGUGGUGUUGACGGUGGUAGAAUAGUCCCUGGUGCUGGCGUUGACGGUGGUAGAAUAGUCCCUGGUGCUGGCGUUGACGGUGGUAGAAUAGUCCCUGGUGGUGGUGUUGACGGUGGUAGAAUAGUCCCUGGUGCUGGCGUUGACGGUGGUAGAAUAGUCCCUGGUGCUGGCGUUGACGGUGGUAGAAUAGUCCCUGGUGGUGGUGUUGACGGUGGUAGAAUAGUCCCUGGUGCUGGUGUUGACGGUGGUAGAAUAGUCCCUGGUGGUGGUGUUGACGGUGGUAGAAUAGUCCCUGGUGCUGGCGUUGACGGUGGUAGAAUAGUUCCUGCUGGUGGUGUUGACGGUGGUAUAGUAGUUCCUACUGGUGGUGUUGACGGUGGUAGAAUAGUCCCUGGUGGUGGUGUUGACGGUGGUAGAAUAGUCCCUGG